AUGAAGUUAAAGGAAUUAGCAUGUAAAAAACCAACAGAAGAAAAAAGUAGUGGUAAAUUAAUACCUGUAUCAUAUCGUACAAUUAAAGCAUUUGAACCAGCUACUCAUCGAUAUAUUACUUAUGAUAUUUAUAUGAAUGAUCAUUUAAAAAAUAUUUUGAUAGGAAUAUUAAAUCAAAAACUGAAGGCACUACUUGCUGAUACAUAUUCAGAAUUAGAUAAAGCUGCAGUAGCUUUUGACGCAAACACAUCUAAAAAAUCAGAUAAAGAACUCGAAGAUGACGAACAUAAUAUAAAAAGACUUGAAUAUUUUAUACAUAUGAUAACCUAUUAUAUGGAUAAAAAUAUACAAAACCAACAAGAAACAUCAAAUAAUGGUAUUAAAGAUCCUGGAGAUUGUUAUGUAGGAGACGACGAAGAAUGUUAUGAAGAAAAUCUUCAGGCUUCUUCUCAUCCAAAUCCAACAACCUUUACAUUUAGUCAUAAUGAUAUUUCUGAUAUGCAAAAGCAACUUGCACAAAUAAUGUAUAAUCCCGUUAAACUUCGUGAAGUAACGGAUAGUUUUGUUGUACAAAGCAUAAUAACAAAUCCUGAUUUAUUAUGUUCGAUAUUACUUCGUAAUCCUUAUUUAUUACGUUCAUUGUUGCUUAGUAAACCAACAGCAUUACAAGCAUUUAUGCGUAAUCAUGGUUGUGUUUUAAGUAAUCAUGAAGGCAUGCCAUGUGCUUUCAAUGCUUUACAAUGUACUUAUCAUAAUGUACAAGAAUCAAUUUAUUCAGCAGCAGGAGCACAAUUUGGUAAUAAUUCAUUUGCACAAUUAUUUAAUGGUAAUGGGAAAAAUACAACAAUACCACUUACGGAAAAUACUGAUCCAUUACCAAAUCCUUGGGUACGUCGUGGUACUUGUACAUCAGCUGCACGUCCUCAUCAAACAGAACAACAACCUAUUGGGUCAACAAAUACUCAACCACAACAACAACAACAAGCAGUUGCAACAACUCUAACUGAUAUUGCUAGUAGUUCAGUUGGUUUAAUAUCUGCAAUGAUGCAAAAUAAUAUGUCACAAUUAGUUCAAAAUCAUUAUUUAAUUGAAAACGUUUUUAAUGCACCAUAUAUGCAACCAUUAAUGGUUUUACUUGCAGUUAAUUCUGAUACAUCAAGACAAAUGGUUGCUAAUAAUUAUGAAUUACGUGAACAAAUGUUUAAUGCUUUAACAGCUAUGAUGGAACAAAUGAGAAAUCCUGAAAUACAAGCAUUAAUGCAAAAUCGAGAAGCACUUGAAGCUAUUAAACAAGUACAAGAAGGACUUCAACGAUUACAUGCAGCAGCAUCGAAUCUAUUUCCAGCUGGUAGUCUAUUAGUUAAUCUUCAUAUUGGUCCAACUAGUUUAUCUUCACUAGUUAAUACUGAACCCUACUCAUCAUCAAUUUCUCAAUCUACUGCAUCUGAUUCAAUAGCUGCUGGUAAUACAUCAUCAUUAAAUGAUCCAAAUAAUUAUACAGGUGUAUUUGCCCAAAUGUUGAACACGAUGUCAAAUCAAAAUAUUGAUGAACCACCAGAUCAACGUUAUGCUGUCCAAUUAGGACAACUUAUUCCAAUGGGUUUUACUAAUCGUGAAGCGAAUUUACAAGCUCUAACAGCAACAAUGGGAGAUGUAAAUGCAGCUAUUGAAUGGCUUUUAUCUCAAAUAUAA